UCCACCCUGUCUGGGCGGGCCAUGAGGCGGACCAGGCUCUCGAGCAGACUUCAGACUACAGAGUUCUCAGCUCGAGGAAACAACAACAGUACCCGCGCGCUUCCUCUCUAGGAUUUCGCUUUUCUUUCUCGGACAUUGAAACCACCAUCACGAGCGACAGUAACCAUGCAGUCUACGGAGGGAGACGCAGACACACUACCUGGUGCUUUAUGAAGACGAGAGGAUGAACUGGUUGCCUCCUGUGCUUUAUCUUGUGUUACUUCUUGAUUCUGUGCUCGGUUCCCUUCCUGCUCCUGUCAUUGUCAACGUCAGCUCUUUCAACUUCCACCAUGUCCUGCAUUGGGUUCCUGGGCCUGGCACACCAUCAGGAACAUGUUACGAGAUCAUCAGGAGGAUGAACCGGAAAACAAAAAAACUGAAACCGCCACUGUGCUCAAAUGAGACAUCACGUAAGCUGAAGUUUCCCGACAACCGUGUGGAAUAUACCCUGACUGUCCAGGCGUCCUACAACCAAACCCUGUCUCCAGAGUCCCGCAAAUACAGCUUCAAACCUGACAUACAUACCAAAAUAGGUCCUCCAAAAGUCUCUCUGGCUGGAUGUGGCAACUGCAUCCAAAUCAACAUUUCACUCCCUGAAGCUGACCCGAGCUCAAGAAUCGAUGAUAUCAAGACAUUCUACGGUGGUUCUCAGUUCAGAGUGUUUUGGAGGAUACCUAAUGAAGCAGCGGAGUCCAUCGUAACAGGAAAUAAGAUCUAUACCGUGAACAACCUACGGCCUGGCACGGAGUACUGUGUACAGGUGUGGACAGAGAUUAAUGUGAACAGAAACACCGAGCCAUCUGCUUGGAAUUGCACCUUCACCAGCAUUGUGGCUCCAAGCAGAGACCCUUAUGUUUUAGGUGCAGUUGGUACUCUUCUGCCUAUUGUUAUCGGUGUCCUGAUGACCUCCAUGUUUUGCCUCUACUACACCGGAUUCCUUUGUAAACUGAAGGAAACUCCCAGAGUACUACGUGAGGCUCUGAUCCGAGGCUCCACCCUGACACCAGACAGGACGAUCCCUGACAACAUCUCCAUUAGCGCAGAGAUGGAGAAACAGAGGAAGCACAACAAUCCCACACCUGCCACCAGGGGCACCAACUCAGAUGAGGAGGAGGAGGAGGACGAAGAAGACGAAGGGGAAAACGUCUACAUGGACAGAGGUGCAGAGCUUUCCUCGGCUGAAAGUUCUAGCCAGAACUCUGCUGGUGUGUCGGGGAACAGCAAGGUGGCCGCGUCAGGGGGCUCUGGGAGUUUGACAGCGGUGGCAGAGGUACCGGACACUGAGUCUGAGGUUGAGGUCAGACAUGGGGGGCUUGAUCAUGACGAGGCCAAAGCUAAAGGAGAGGAAGUCUCUUUCACGCCCGAUGGCCCAGUCACAGGUGAGGUGGUGGUGGUGGGGGAUGAGGAGGUUGAGGAAGAGGUGUACGAGAGCUCAGGCAAUAUCAAUCUGUUCUCCGUCACCCUCGCUGCACUGGCUGUAGGCGAGGAAGGGGAGGAGGACGAAGAGCAGAACGAGAGAGAUUCUCUCACAGACUUUUUGAAAGUGUCCGAUCUGCAGCCUCUACUGCCCGCGGACUCACAAACUGAGUCAGACGAUUGGACAACUGUGGCAUUAACGCUACCUACACAGGAGGACUUUACUGUGAAUGGGUAUGAAGGAAGACGUACAAACACUUCGUCUGACUACCUCAAAACCGGUGAUGAUGAGUCGCAGCAUGAAGAGACACAAGAGAAGGAGGAGGAGGAGGAGGAAGAGGAAUUCUCUGGAUAUAUGAGGCACACGUGAUAUGUUGCUCUGACUGUGUUACCGUGUGUGUAUGAGUAUCAUUAAUGACAACAAGUACAUAUCUUUUUAUUUGAGCGGUAUUUAAAUGUAGCUAAGGUGCUUAAUGUUGUUUUGGUGCUUUAUCUUCCUGUUCUUAAGGAAACACAACACAUCAAAUACAUUUCUCCUGCAGCUACGACGCCAUAGCAGCCCACCCGCAUUUGACAGUUUUUAAAGACGUGGGAGUUGUUGGAAUUACAACUUUCUGACUUGUAAAGAGCGUUCUUGUUAACAUCCAUAGUCAUAACUGUGAAAUCCGACCUAAUGAUGCGGGACUGCCUGAAAAGCCAAACAAAUGAAGACACCUCAAGUUAGCAAGUUAGAGGUCCAAUUUAAGGAAUAUAAUGUUAUAUACGGGUAAUUAUUUUUCACAGCAGACAUUUUGAAUUGUCAGGUGUUGUUAAGAACAUUAACAAUGGCUCUGUUCUAUUCAAGUGUCCCUGUAAGCCAUGACAGUGUCACAGUGAGCCAGCAUGAACAGUACCAGGACCCUGACACUGAAGCAGCUAAAUGGAAUUCAGCCAUUUUUAUCAUUUACACCUGUGCUUUUGUUCUGUUAAAAAAGGGCCUAGAUUAAAUCUCUCAUUAAUACUCAUCUAUGCAAUCAUACAACCAUCUCUCCAUCUCUACCAUCCAUCCCAUAGAAUGUGAAUGUGCCCAUCCUUUAGGCACAAAGACAUUGUGGGAAAUUAAGGAAAUCUAGAUCUGUGUCACAAUUCCAUACUACACACUACUGUAUGUGUUCACUUUCUAAUAGUGAGCAGAUUAGUUCAGUAUUCAUACUAAACUAACUUUUGAAUGUGAUAUUUGAUGCACACUAUCGUCCCACAAUGCAUACCAGGUGGACAAAUUAUAUUCCAAAGUUGCUGUUUGACAUUUAACAAUUGGUGCACAUAUUAUAUAUAAUGCCCUGUCAGUGAAAAAAAAAUGUCGAUUAUUUUGUACACUAUCUAGGCCUACAUAAACAGUCAAAUAUAAGUUGUAUGUACUAUAUAUCUUAUACAAUUAGUAUGUGGUAUGGAAUUGGAACACAGCUAAAAGAGGCCCUCUGUGUCGACUUUAAUGGGAACCGUGAGAGGAGACCUGGUGGAGUUUUAGUUUGUUUUUUUUGCUGUGAUGUGAAUACAUGUGGAUGCUGUUUCCUUACGAUGCUGAAUGUUAGAUGCUGUUCUGACAUCAAAAUUGCAAGUGAGUAGUUUGAAUCUUCACACAUCACGGCUGACAAUACAAUUCUUGCAUCUAUGGCGUGCAAACUACAGAAAAACUGAAGUUGAAAAAGGGUACACAAACACAGCUGCACUGCCUCCCACCCUGGUCGUGGCUAGAAGGUAACCCGCGAGCUGGGGAAACUCUCGCGAGUUUUUGCAGAUUUUCAGAUCAGAUUUCACAAUUUGCGGGUUACCCUCCAUACCGUGCCUCCCACUAGCUAAUUCUACUAGGUCACGUGAUUUCCUUUCAACAACCUCGUCAGAUGCUGCAUUCACGUACCACCGGACAAAUUGUAAUCACCUCUACAGGCAACGUGAAAGGCCCCAAAAGACACAAAAUACAAUUGUAAUAGUUUAUAGUUAGUUAGUUAUUAAUAAAAUAUAUUAUAAUUAUAUAAUUAUAUAAUACAAAAAAACUAAACUAUAAAAGUGUAUUUUUUUAUAUUUAUUUUUUUAACCAAUACUGAUACUAGGCCUAUAGCCUACCAAUAGUCUAUUGUGAUGUGUGUCUUGUUUUUAUGUUGUAUAUUAUCACUGUCAAAUGUGUUGAUGCCAAAUGUUCUACCUUCUACCUAAAUAACAAAACACUUUCCUGAUGUACAUCCUCAUUCUUCCAUACAAUGUUACUGUUUACCUGCAGAUUAAAGCAACCUAUAGCUGAAAACCUA